AGCAAACCAUAACAGAAAACACCUCCUCUCCGCAAUUCUCCCCUCCAAAACCAAAACCACCAAUCAAUAUCAAUUUUCGUCUCCCCACCGCGGCUCAAACCGCCGCGGUACCACCACCACCGCCAGAACAGCAACACCAUUUGCUAUCAUUAUUACCAUUAUCCAUAUAAUAAUAUCAUUACCAUUGUCUUAUGAUUAUUAUUAUUUGGUUUUUGGGCACGGUGAGAUUGUGUUAGGAACAUAUAACACAUUGAACAUGAACAUGGCGGCAACAGCAGCAAUUUGCAUCGAACAAUUCAACCAAUUAAAGGACAUUUUCGCUCGAUUCGACAUGGAUUCCGAUGGUAGCCUCACAAUUUUAGAGCUUGCAGCCUUGUUAAGGUCCCUCGGACUUAAACCUUCCGGUGACCAAAUUCAUGUGCUCUUAGCUAACAUGGAUUCUAAUGGCAAUGGAUUCAUAGAAUUUGAUGAAUUGGUCAAAGCAAUUUUACCUGAUAUGAAUGAAGACAUGUUUGUAAAUCAAGAACAACUUUUAGAUGUUUUUCAAAUGUUCGAUCGUGACGGUAAUGGCUACAUUAGCGCUGCAGAGCUUGCUGGGUCCAUGGCGAAAAUGGGUCAGCCAUUAACAUAUACGGAGCUUACAGAGAUGAUCAAGGAGGCAGAUACAGAUGGUGAUGGUGUCAUUAGCUUCAAUGAAUUUACUUCUGUAAUGGCAAAGUCUGCCAUGGAAUUCUUAGGCCUGGCUUUGUCAUAACAGAUUGAUGGUAUGUUGUUUUUGGGCAAUCAAUCAAUCAUUAUCAUUAUUAAUUGAUGUCAUUAAUUUUCUUACUAAUCUUAGAUUUUAGGGGUUAAUAGACUUGUUCAUAUAGGCAUCUGUUGGUGGGGGAGAUUCUUUAAUUGUUAGGUGCAAUGUGCAUAAUUGGGAAUAGAGAAGAGGGGGGAAUUGAAAUAAGCAACCAUUGUAGCUUGAAUUGAGCAACAAUUGUUCUCUAUCAUUACUGUGUGUUGGUAAAGAAAUUUUAU